UAACUAUAUUGAAGAUUCCUCAAGCAAAAUAUGAAUGAAACUAAACUUUGGUUCGAGUUAAGUUUAGAGUAGUAAACGCAGAGUGGAUCAUCAUCAUCAUGAUCAUCAGCAAGUGCAAGGCUGUGAUCAUACAGAUUGGACUUUUCGAAGUCAGAGUUGUCGUUGUUCGCAAAUGUAAUUUAUCGAUCGUUCGCCUCCAACAAAACACCCCCAUCGAACGUUUGGCGGGCAAAAAUGAAGAGGCGGUGGCGCAUGUCCUUCGCACCCGGCUUUCUUGCGGGCCACGAGGGUGGAUGCACGAGAAUACGCGUUCAGUCACACACAGAAAUUCUCCGCAGGAUCUGCAGAAGUGCACGAAGUGCAGCUGCAGAUCAAUAUGACCUCAAAAUCUCCCAGGAGGAGACCCCUGUAUCCUGGAUCGCUUACAGAUCUUCACAGAUUCAGGAAAACAGCGCACGGACACGAUGGAUCCAGCAGGAUCGUUAUGGUCAGGAAGACGGAUCAGAGGACAUUCGCAUCCAUACAGAACGGAAAAGAACCGAAAUUGGAAACGAUCACAAGAGAAACAAUCGAAACGUUUCGAGGUCCGAGGACCGCAUGCAAAAUUACCACUGAGAAGAAGGGCUGUGAAUUUAACGUGCCUGCUAACGUAUUAGAAACAUUAACUAGGAAAUCUCCAGUGGCGAAGGCUGCAACUCUAAAAAAAAGUCCAACGGUUAGCUUUAAUUCAGAAUGCUUGAGGGCGCACAACGAGUACAGACAAAGACACGGAGUGACGCCUCUGAAGCUGAGCAAGGAGAUGUGCAGGAUAAGCCAGGACUUUGCUAACUACUUGAUCAGGAAAACCAGUUUGGAGCAUAGUAAUAAUCAGAGGUACGGGGAAAAUAUUUACUGUUUGACGAUGUCCAAGGAGGCUCCUAUUAAGGGAGGCGAACCGGUGAAGCAUUGGUACAGCGAGAUCAGCAAGCACGAUUUCAAGAAAGAGCCGACGUCUCUGGAAUCCGGUCAUUUCACGCAGGUCGUCUGGAGCGAGACUAAAGAACUGGGCGUCGGACAUGCCAGCUAUAAAGGAAAGAUUAUAGUCGUAGCUAAUUAUUAUCCGCCUGGAAACGUGAUCGGGCAUUACCUGGAGAACGUUCCUUCCUUACUCGACGUUGAAGUUAUAUCCGAAGCUGUCUCUUCCAUCGGUUUAAGUGGUAAAAGGGCUUUGAGCGCGUUCAGGCAAGAGUGUCUGGAAGCGCACAACAAGUACAGAGCCAAGCACGGCGUACCUCCUCUACAACUAGAUAACGAGUUAAGCAGGUACAGCGAUGAGUGGGCGAAGAUUUGCGCGGAUCGAAGCACCUUGGAGCACAGAAAAAACAAUCAGUACGGAGAGAAUAUUUACAGUCUGCACACGCAAGAUACUAACAUCAAGGGGAGCGUCCCGGUGGACAGUUGGUACACGGAGAAGAACAAGUUCGGUUUCGGUAAGGAGCCGAAGAAUUUGGAAGCCGGUCAUUUCACGCAGAUCAUCUGGAAGACGACGGAGAGGUUGGGAGUCGGUGUCGCUAUAAAACCGGGUGGAAUCUACGUGGUCUGCAAUUACUCACCGGCAGGUAACUUCGUCGGGUAUUUUGCGGAGAACGUUCUGCCUUUGGGGACGGUCUUGAAGGAUGAGAAGACCAAGCAGACUUUCGAAUUGGAAGCGCUGAAAGUGCACAACGAUUACAGGAGGAAGCACGGCGCGCCAGAGCUGACGCUGAACCAAGGGAUGUGCGAUUACGCCAAGCAAUGGGCUGAGAACUGCGCGAAUCGCGGCAUCUCUCGCAGACCUAACAACCCGUACGGCGAGAACAUCUACAUGAGUUACUCUUCGGAUUACAGCUACACCCCGGGCGCCCGAGAAGUCGUGGCAGCCUGGUACGAUGAGUGCAAGGUCUACGCGUACGGAAACGAGGGAGUGCAGAGCGGUGCUCUGCACUUCACGCAGAUCGUCUGGAAGGGCACAUCGGAAUUGGGCAUAGGAUACGCGAGGAACAACCGUGGAGAGAUGUACGUGGUCGCUAAUUACAGUCCGAGGGGCAACUUCGUCGGACAGUUCCUCGACAACGUUCAAAGGCCGCACUUCUGACGGUGGCGUUCUCGGUCCUUGAAGUGAUAUGAUUGAUCCACUAAACAUCAACAUCAUCAAAUCGCUUCUGAAAUAAUAUGAAAAUAAUACUAUACUAACUAAACUAAUACCCUUCACCGUCCAUUCCACGUUUAGCCUAAAAGAUGGAACGCAUAUAAUAAUCAAUAUAGAUUAUUUAUCGUUUCACUCUCAUACUACUAUAUAAUCAUCAUGAUUCUUCCAAAGGUUAUAUUAUUCCAUGUUUUAGCAGUAUUAAGAAUAUCAUUUUAGCUAAUUUCCAAAGUUUAUACGAAACGAAUGAAUGAAUAUAUUUACAUGUAAUAUUUUUUAUC